AGCGAUCAGCAUCAGCUGCACGCGGCCUUGCGAGCAAGGCCGUAUCGAUCUUCCGAUUGCUCGUUCGUCGUUCGUCCAGCGAAGUUGCUCGCUCGUUUCUUCGCGGAUCCCUCUCGACGAUGUGCAAUGGAGUCGAUCGAAACGCGCCCGGACAAUCCGGGAGGUCUCCGCUCUGCAUGGCGUUCACGAGUGAGUCCAACUAGGUUCACCUGCUUGCGCGCGGGAAGGAGGUAUCGUCGCUAUGUUGAAGCUUCGACGUCUACGCGAGAGGAAACGAGAAGGGUAGCCAGUUAAGGGAGGCGAGGGAAACGGAGGCUCGUGGUCGUUCGCUUUGGGAUAUCGUGAUAACGUGCCGAAUCACGAGUAAGGUUCAACGAGCAAAGAUGAAGUCGCUCGUGCCAAGUCUCUAUCUCCUUCUGUAUCUCUGCUGUGGGAAUUUACCGGGUGUCAUCACGAACUACGACCCGUUCUGCGGCGGUCACUUGACAGACACCAGAGGCGUUAUACACACGCCAAAUUUCCCCGGGCCGUUUCCGGUGCCGAUCAAGUGUCGCUGGGUGAUCGACGUGUCCGACAUCCCGUCGACCAACAGUUCGUCUACUGUUGUCGUCGAGAUUGUCGUCUACCUGACGCAGCUCUAUGUGUACAAGGGCUUGCGCUUUACCGAGUACGCCUACUAUGAGUCUGAGACCAUGAACUUCGGGGCGGCUCUGGUAAAGGAGGUGACUGAGGGUAACGUGUUCAAGUACCGACAAUUCCGGACCUCCAGGCCAUUCUUGGUGAUCGAGUUCGAGCUCGAUCGCCUCGAGGGCAAUCACGUCAGGGUCCUACACGACCUGCUCGACGUGUACGGAUUCAACGUGACGUACGAGGUGACCGAGGAACGGCCGAAUCCUGAAUCCUGCACCGUGCGCGACUGCUCCUUCGCGGGAAACUGCCUCGUUUCCGCGGAUUAUACGUCUUUUUGGUGCGAUUGCUUCGACGAUUUCAGCGGCAGAAGAUGCAAUGAAGGCUCGCUAUGUUUUAACGAUCAGCAUAGUCCAGUCUGUCAAAACGAAGCUAUAUGCAGGCAAAUUGGGGCGGAAGCAAUGCAUUGCGAUUGUCCAAACGGUUAUGUUGGUCACAAUUGCGAAAUUCGUCUCUUGGACACUUUGGACACUGAAUGCAUUUCGGAAAAUUGUAUACUGCAGUGUCCCUUUAACGAGCAGGAGCAACCGUGUAUUUGUAAAGACGGCACGAAAAUAUACAACAAUCGAUCACGAUAUGAGUGCAGGAUCAAGUUGUCAAACGUCACAUCUCUCCGAACAGGUCUGAUAUCACAACACGGAAAUCUGGAAUCGUUUGUCAGCAAACAGCUUGCAAGAUACUUGAGGAAUUCCAAUAUCACUUCCACGGAGGAAAUAAAAAUCCUGAGCGUGACACCUACGUCCGAAGUUACCUUCCAUUUUUUCGGGAAUUCCGAUGACGGGGAUAAAAUCCGCGAGUCUCUCAACCGACUUGUACAGCGCCGGCGUCUCAGCGAAAUCUCAUUGGAAUCCACGCACUUCACAUUUCAGCAGAAGCCCGCUCUUAAAUUACAGACUCUACGAAUUAAUCAAGUGAACGACUACGAUGUUCAUUUGGGAGAGCAAAUCGUCUUGUCAUGCAUUGCUCAAGGAAGCUACAGCAUAAAUUUCGCUUGGUACAAGGAUGGCAUGCUAGUGAACACCAGUAAAGCUAUCAGAGAAAUUUGGAUUAGUCAUUUGCCGAACGACGGAUCGGACGUGUACACAUCGGUGUUGACAAUCGAGAAGGCGACCGUGCUCGACGCCGGUCAAUACACGUGUCAAGUCGUGGACUGGGGUAUGCAACAGUGUAAAAGCAUCUACAUCGAGAUCAGGGAUGAACCGGACGUGAAGGUGGUUCCGAUGAGUGCCACUAUAGAGAAAGGCAACAACAUACAGCUGAUGUGCAUGACUCCCAAUCCUUAUAUGCGUAACAUUAGCAUCGGUUUCGGUUGGACGAAGAAUCGCGCCCUGCUCAAAUUAGAACCCGGUCGAGCAGUUUGGGAGGAUCUGUAUCCGGCAGGUAGCAUCUUGAAGGUCACUAAUGUUCAGAAAUCUGCGAUCUACACUUGCAACGUAGCGCACAAAUCCAUGUCCGUCCGAGUUGAAGUGAUGAAUCGAACGUUGAUACCGAUAUGUCUCAACGAGAGAUCUUGGGGUCUGCAGUGGCCAGAUACUGCUCCAGGGUCAGAGGCGUUGCUGGAGUGCCCUCGAUAUUUCGUAGGUUCGCGAGUGUCCAGACUCUGCUCGAUGAAGGAUGCUACCACGCCAGAAUGGCAAAUACCGGAUUUUUCAUCCUGUUUAUACGAGACGCUGGUUUUACCCUAUAAUAGUUUUCGGAGCCUAACGUUGGGUUACCAAAAUACUACGAGUUCGGAAACGAUACUCGCUUUCUGGGAGAGUUUGCGCGUCCGUACAUUACCGCUCUAUCCCGGCGAAGGUGAUCGCAUAACGAAUAUACUAGCGGAAAUUGAACAGUAUCAACACAAUAUCGAUCCGCUGGAUGCGUAUGCCUCCGCGGAGGCUUUGACACAGAUAAUAAAUCGCAUUUUGAGUGACGAGUACUCGAUCUUGAGUCAAGAGAAAUUAUCGGUGUUGCUCCAGCUUACGCAACGCAAUUUAAUUCAUUGGUCUAAAGAGUUGAAACAGGCUUCCAAACAUUUGCCUCUGUCAUCCAUGGUGGUAGAUAUCCAACAACUGCAAUCUCAUAAUGGAGACAGUAUCACGCAUUCCCUGCAAAUACCCUCGGCCGAUUACGUGUAUCCCGAUUGGUACGAGGACAAAGUAGCUGUACGGUUGUGGAAGAAAAAGCAGCGCAACGCAAAGUCUAAUAGUACAUUUACCGGCAUUGUUAUUGUGUACAAAAACAUGUCGCGUUUCAUACCAACGGCGUACAUCAAAGAACUUGACGAUGGCACGGACUUGGAGUUUCGCCUCAAUUCUCGAGUGAUCACCGUUGCAGUACCCUUCUUCAGCGCCGACAAGCACAACAAGAUAUGGGUUGAUUUGCAAAUCCGGCAUUUGCAAAAUCAAACAAGCUCCUGGAACAUGUCAUGUGGCCUGAUGGAUAACACUGGGUCAUGGGACCUCAGUAGUUGCAUAGCGAAUACUAUGUCUGGCGAAGUAACGACGCAUUGUCUAUGUCCUACUGCGGGUACCGUUGCUGUUUUCUUAACAACUCGCGCAGUAAAGGUCGUUCUGGCAAAAACAGAACAAACUACUUUUAUCAUAAUAUUCGGCUGCAGCAGUUGCCUCGUUCAGUGUUUCCUGUCCGCUCUGAUACUGGGUGUUUUUUGGUGGAAGUACAAGACGUGGUUAAAUUUCCUAAAACUUCAAUGCUGCGGUGCAUUAAUCGGAGCGAUGGCUAUCUUCAUUUACGCCGUCCACAAUAAUCUCCCAGAAUCGUCUUACUCGCUCGUAGCGAUCGGACUAGAAGCGUUUCUCCUCGUGGGUAUGUCCGCGCCUAUCUCAGAGGCUUUGAUAAUAUACGCGGAGCUUACGCAAAUCCGAUCGAGCCAGCAUCUUCAGCCGACAGUCAUCGCUGUAAUUACCGGUGUGCCGAUCCUGGCUGUUUUCGCAACCGAACUGACGCAUAAAAGUAUCGGAUGGCGACACGAGUCUUGGUGGCUCAUACACGGCAGCGGUGUCUUUAAUAUAUUCGUCAGCUGUGCCACAAUGAUGUUUCUGGUAUUUAUGUUGUUGUACAUGGGAGUGCUUCACAAGGUACACACGUUAGUGGAGGAAAACGUGAUGAAGAGAGAGGCUAUAGAAACGAGAAUAUGGAUACUGCACCGCGCGACUAUCGUCAUAUGCAGUAUCAUCGCCAUGGAAGCGUCUUCUAUUUUCUAUAUAAACUCGUCGUCCGUAAUUUUCCACUACGUAUUCGCAUCCCUUUCUUUCGCCCUGGGCUUCAUCAUAGUGAUUGUAUACAUCGUUAACGGCGAAGUCGCGAUUAUCGGUCCAAUGCUGCGGAAAAUAAGAUGGAAACGCAGAGUGGACGAGGAGCACACGUCAGAGCCCAUCAAAGUGUGCUCGAAAGCUGACGCCGAAGUGGAGAACGAUUCGGCGAUCCCGCCAGCGCCGUCGUCGUCGAUCGCCGGCGAGCCGUACCGGGAAGCGCGCGGCGUCGCCGCGGGUAGCAUAGACAUGCGGGAGUUCGUGUCCGAGUCGUCGUCCGCCUACGCCAAGGGCUCCGUUCCCGUCAACAGAUUUCUGCCGGAGAUUCGGGUGGACCACUCGGACGACAUUAAUCUCGAGAACUACAACACGAGUCCGCGCAAGUAUCAGGAGCCACCGGCGUUCGACGCGGCGUUCUCCGCGCGCGGUUCCCGCUGCGUCAACGAGCCGGCGGCCUACGGCGGUGUCAACGACUGCUGCAGCUUCCGCGGUGAUGCUGGCAAGUAUCGCGGCGACGGCAAGGUCUUCCUGCCGUCAACGGCGAGCGUGUCCGCCGAGUCCUCGGCCAAGGUCCUCUGCAGCGCCGACGUCGAGGCGCGCUUAGGCGCUCUGCCAGACGUCACGUUGGCUGUGAAGAGCGAGUGUGCCGAGUUGUCGUCGCGGGCGAGCACGGAGCUGAAGACCAGGGAGCACGUCGUGAAUCCGCCCAUGCCGGACAUCGCUAACACGAGCGAACGCAAGCAACCCGACGGCGAAGAGAAAAUCCCGGAGAUCACGGUAACCGGCUGCGCCGACAGCGCAACCAGCGGUAUGCUAGACCGCAUCUCUCACGAUCUUGAUUAUCUGCUUAAUCGCACACACGCGAAAGAGGGAGCUUAGAAUCCCGGUGGGAUGGGAAAAAGUACACACACAUACAUACACACAUAUGCAUACACGUACAUAAAAGUGCGACAAAUGUAGGUUGUUAAAUUUGUACAAAAUUGCAGACUUUGUCAGGAAUUUUUAUGCGAGUGUACGAGUAUUCCGCCGCUCGUAUAAAAUAUAUUUAGAAUAAAUAUUAAUUAAUAGGUACUUAGAAUUAAUAUUCGUUGAUACUCGCGUUUCUCACCGUAUAACAAGAACUUGACGUGAUACGAUUACACUUGGAAGCUGCAAGCCAAGUACUAAAUACAGGUCUAUGUACGAUCUCUUUUUAUUUCUAUAUCUCGUACGUAAUUAUGUACACUCUUACGCCAGAUCGAUCGUAAUGUGAUUACGGUUCGACUAUAGUUGUAAGGAAACGAUGCGAAAAGCGAUUGUCGUCGCGUUCCAUCCAGAAUUUAUUUUAAGUAUAAUCUGGAAUUUUUCAUGCUACAUUAUGGACGUUUACACUUGUCCGUUGUAUAUCGUGAGAAGACUUAUCGUCCCUCCAAUAAAUGAUGAAAAGUACUGUGCGUUCGAUUCGAUUCGAUACGAUACGAUUUUGAGAAGGCAAGGUAGUCCAGAUAAUGGCAUUUCCGAGUUAAAGUAUUUAUUUAUCACUGUCAUCGUACAGCCCUUUCAUAAUAUCCACGAGUCAGUCGUCGCGCUUUUCGUCGUUUAUAAUUUGCAUUAUAAAGCUAUACACAUUGAAUUUAGUUUGAUAAUCUACUUAUAUACUUAAGAUCGAAGUUUAUGUUGUUGUUGUUGUUGGUAGUAGUUACCUCUAGUAGGGUUAGUCGUUUACUUAAUGAGAAAAUGCUUCACUGAAAUCGAUUCGACCGAGGUACGAAAUUGGAGCGGUAUUUCUUGGCCAAGCACGUGUUAUAAAUGCAAAAGACGUAAUAAGAUCUGUGUUAGUCUGUUAGCACUCGAAUAUACCUAUAUGACUAGUUUUCUGUGUCUCAACAGAUUUUUCUUAAAAAUAUAAAGUAUUUACAA